AUGUCAUCGACGACACCUCUAUCUGCUGCUGCUUACACGUCUAAGGACAAUUAUGAGCUCGAGCGACGAGCAGUCUUCUCCCAGAAGUGGCUUUUGACCACACAUAAGAUGCGCUUCCCUGAGACUGGCAACUUUAUAAAGUAUGAUAUCGCCGGAUUCCCUUUCAUCGUCGUCAAGGGCCGCGACGGCAACAUCAGUGCAUUCCACAAUGUCUGCAGGCAUCGCGCUUUCCCCGUUGUAACUGAGGAAUUGGGCACGGCCAGAAUCUUCUCGUGCAAGUACCAUGGUUGGUCUUACGGUCUCAAUGGCAAACUUGCCAAGGCACCGGGAUACCAAGAUCUGGAUGGCUUUGACAAGAGCCAGAACGGUCUCUUUACUAUUCACUUACAUACAGACGAUAAUGGCUUCGUUUGGGUGAACCUGGAUGGUGCUGAAAAGCCCAAAUUCUCGUGGGCCGAUGACUUGAAGGGAAACGGCUUGCAGUCGCAAUUCAAGAACAUCAACUUUGACGACUACCAUUUUGACCACAAUGAGGAUUUGGAGGGUUCAUUCAACUGGAAGCUUGUCGCUGAUAGCUACAAUGAAUCCCAGAACACCCAGUCCGGUGCCACCUUGACCAAUCUUGAUACUGAGGAAGGCCUCAAGAAUGCCCGUACUUAUUACUUCCCCAAUGCUUCAUUGACUGUCGCGCCCCACUUCUUCGCUAUGCAACGUGUGGUACCCAUGUCAGCCACGAGCACCUUGGUUCGCUACGAGAUCUACCGUCACAAGGCCUCAAGCACUCAAGAUUUCGAGUCUGCAACCAAGACUUUCAAGGGCAUUAUUUUCGCCAACCAGGAACUCUACACUAGCACCCAGAACAAUCUGAGUGAGCUUGACUCCACAGUGGAGAAGGCCCCUCUUUACUUCCAGUCCUUGGUGAGAGGUCUAGUGAUAGAUCAUCAGAAGCGUGAAGAAGAAGCUAAACGGGAGAUUUGGCCUUCUCGGCAAACCCUACCUGAAACUGCUGCUGACUCUGAGAUGGAAAUUGACUUCUGUGAUAAGCUUAAGACUUCUAAGCAGGCUCCAAGCGGAUGUUGCGGUGGAACAGCUUGUCAAAGCGGAAAUGCUUCUCUCGUUUAUUGA